ACUUCAACUGUACAUUACAGUCAGUGUAAUGUAGAACAUUUCUUUCAGAGAGGGUACUAAUAGCAACCUGCGAGGAGGAUCUGUAGGGGCGGACCCAGGGAUACCUGGCUGGGUUAUUGGUCGGCGUCUGGGGAAAACAAUAGCCUUUCCUUAUGGCUGUCUGGUCCAGAGCCAGCACAGUUCCUAAUGGAGGAUUCAACACUCACCUUGACCCUGACAGCAGUCUGCUCUAAUAGCUUGUAUCUGGCUCAUACUCUCUCUGGUGUAUAAGACAGCAACAAAAACAUGUCCAAUCCAGGAAGUUCUUUAAUAAGAAGAAAUGAUUUUGGUGUUCCAGUAUAAUCAGACGCCAUCCUUCCUCAUCACCCAGUCCUCUCCUCCUCCACCUUUCUCUCAUCACUCCCUUUCUCCCAUCUUGUCUACUCCCAUACUGAACCAUCCAUCUCUCUCUCCAUCACUCCCUUUCUCCCAUAUUGUCUACUCCCAUACUGAACCAUCCAUCUCUUUCUCUCCAUCACUCCCUUUCUCCUAUCUUGUCUACUCCCAUACUGAACCAUCCAUCUCUCUCAUCACUCCCUUUCUCCCAUAUUGUCUACUCCCAUACUGAACCAUCCAUCUCUUUCUCUCCAUCACUCCCUUUCUCCCAUCUUGUCUACUCCCAUACUGAACCAUCCAUCUCUCUCUCCAUCACUCCCUUUCUCCCAUAUUGUCUACUCCCAUACUGAACCAUCCAUCUCUUUCUCUCCAUCACUCCCUUUCUCCUAUCUUGUCUACUCCCAUACUGAACCAUCCAUCUCUCUCAUCACUCCCUUUCUCUCAUCUUGUCUACUCCCAUACUGAACCAUCCAUCUCUCUCAUCACUCCCUUUCUCCCAUCUUGUCUACUCCCAUACUGAACCAUCCAUCUCUCUCUCCCCUUUCCUCCUCCCGUUCUCCAUCCCCACAUCCACCUCUGAACUGCUGUUAUCUGUGUCUCUACCUUCCUUCUGUCUUCAACCUUCCUUUCUUCUUUUUGGGGUUCACCCCCUUCAAUUAUUUCCCUGCUUCUCUCUUUUCACCCUCUUUCCCAUCCUCUUCCCUCUUUCCCUCCCUUUCCUCUCUCCAUCCGGCCUCUGUCGGCCUCUGGUAGAGGUCACCAUGUGGGCCAACUACAUUGUCCAGCCGGAGGAGGAUGGCCGUAUGGGGGUGGUAGGAGCAGGACCCCAUGGGGGCCUGGCAGGGGUGAAGGGAGUUGGGCGUGCUACAAGGCGGACCCCUAGGAUGAGUGACAACCAGGAGGGGAAGAUCAAGCUGGCGUUCUUUGUGGCCAUUGUGGGCGUGACCCUGACAGUGCUGGGGGUGGGAACAGAGUUCUGGGUGGAGCUGGCCACGCCCAAGACCUGGAGUAACAACCAGACGUGUCAGACAGCCCACUACGGCCUGUGGAAGGGGUGUACCCGCACCCUGUGGGUGGAUGACAUCAACCCCGAGAGAGAGAGCUGUGGCCCCGCCGACCUGCCCGGAGAAUCGAACUGCACUUACUUCAAAUUCUUCACCAAUGGAGACAACGCAGUCAUAUUUAUGAAGACAACCCACAAGAACCUGAACAUAGCGGCUGCUAUCCUAGCAAUGAUAGCUCUGUCUAUGAUGGUGAUGGGAGCAAUCUGUAUCACCAUGUCCCUCAGUAAAGGAGUGCCCUUCUUCCUCAAGCCCGCCUCCUUCUGCUUCAUCCUAUCAGGUCUACUGGUCCUGCUGUCUAUACUGGUGUUUCACCAGUCAGUGUUGGCCCUGUUGUCAUCUGACCACUCCAUACCGCUCCACCACGAGCUCUCCUGGUCCGUGGCCUGUGUGGGCUUCGCUGGGGCCAUCCUCAUCAUGGGGGGGAUCCUUUUCCUGAUCCUCUCCCUCCCCUAUAGCCCAUGGGAAAAAUGUCUGCCUCAACGCAACAGCAGCACUACCUAGCACAUGGGAGGCCCAAAAGCUGUGGGAAAAAAAUGGAGUUUUAUAUCAGGAUCGCAAUCAAACUCCAGUCCUCGAGGGAAGCACUGUCUACUGGCUUUAGUUGUCAGGUAUAAAUCAGACACUGAUCAGAACAACUAAAACCAGUAGACACUGAUGCCACCCAGGAGUUGAGUUGGAGACCCCUGUUUAUAUUAUCAGUGAUAUUGUCAAACUAGACUGAAAGACUGACUAACUUGUAGGUCGACACAUUGUUUACUUAAUGCAAUAACAAUGAUGCUCACUAACUGUGCCUUGAACUCUACAAGCCUGCCCUAAAGCCUGCGACCUUACCAGAAAACACUACGUAGACCACAACUUCUCCACGUUUUGGCAUCAUGACCAACCUAUAGCUUUUAGAAGUUUCUGAUGACCUACCAAAGAACAAGCAAUGUUUCUAAGCAGAACCCAGUCUUUACCAGGGGGGUAAUGCUGGGUUAAACAAAACCAAAGCAUGGAUUGAUGUCUUAACUUGUCCAUUGACUGCUAACAGGGUAAGGAAACCAAUAUGUCAUUUAGUUAUUGAACUAGUUCUUUAAACACAACGCCAACCACACUGUAGUUGUAGAUAAAGACCCAGCAGUGGGGUGCAGCAUCCUGUCUGUACUAUGAACUAUGUACUAACCAUUACUUAUUGAUAAUGUUACUUAGCCAAUUAAAUGGUAACAGUGUAACCAUGGUAACAUGUAGGUCACUACCGUUGCUAAGGGAGGAGAUGCUAUAUUGUUUCCAGGAAGUGGCAUAGCCAUCCCUGCAACAUGAAACGCCUUGCAGGUUGUCACUAUUAAUCUAUUAUGAAUGAUUAUGGCGUCUUACACUUAAUACCUAGAAAUAAUAUAUUCUCUAUUUAUUAUCUACACAUUGUCCACAUGAAUGAAUGUUGUUUUUACGUAAGAAUGUGUGAAUGAUUUAAUGUAUGUAUGGAAGAUAAAGAUUUAUAUUUGAGAGUGUAUUGUAUAGACUCACUUUACAAGCACAGCUCUGUAUAUAAAAUAUGUGUUUGUAUUUUAUUUAUACCUGCACACUGUAGCCUUUUGUUCAAGCUUAGGGGGGUGUUUUUAGUUUUUAGCUUAUUCAAACCCUUUUUUCAUCAUGUGUUUUAUUUGUCUUAAUAAAGCCCACCUUGUCUUUCUCUACCUACAUGUUUGUUUGGGGAAAUGCACAUUGUGCCUAAAUGGUCCUAUGAUCAUAUGUAUGUCUCACUGGGUUUGCUUUUGAAAUAAAUAGAUUUGACAUAAGAAA